AUGGGCCCGAGCCCACAGGAGCAGAAGGCACUCGACGACCUUUGGUGGUAUGUGCGGCGACAGGGUGGAGUGCUCACGUCCGGCCGUCUCACCGGCUUCUGCCAGAAAUUCCCGGCGCAUGGGGUCAAGCACUUCAAGCAGCUCUGCAAAAGCUCUUCAGACUUUAUUGUGGUGGACCGCGUAGACGGGGGAUAUACGAUCCGACUGGUCUGGGCGGAGGAGGAAGCCGUCCGCGACUUGGCGGCCUUCAUCCGAUCCUUGGGUCGGCCACUUCGCUCGAAGGAGUUCCCAGACUUCCAGUCCUCCCAUCAGGCAUCGGCUACCGUGGUGUAUUCGGGCGACAGGACGCUGCGCAAGUUCUGCCAAGAGCAUGGCGACAUUUUCGCUGUUGACUCCACCCCGGAUAGCCCGGCCUUUUCUAUUCGACUCAGCACGCAAGCUCCCAGCGAAGAGCAGCUCCUUUCAGACAUUCUGCAGUUUGUUCGUGAACAGGGCGGCUCAGUUUCCUCCGAGUGCUUCCAGGGCUUUUUCGGCGGGCAUCGGUGGCGCCGGGAAGCAAUCCCCAACUUGAAAGCCUUCUUUGCCAGACACACAGAUCACUUCGCUGUCUCGGAGGCCACAAACUCUCCACACUGGCGGGUUACGCUCGCACCUUCAGCAUCGUCAGCCAAGCUUGCGGCUCGCCUGGCAAUCUUCCUGGAAGAUUGUGGCCGGCCCAUGGCAUGUGAUCAGCUCGAAGGCUUCUGCAAGGAGAACCCCGCUUUGCGAAAUAUCGUUGAAUGUGGACGCCUGCGGAGAUUCUGCGAGAAACAUCCAGGACUGCUCGUCUACGAGGCUUUGUCGAAGGAGACCGAUAAGGUCAAGCUGCCCAAGCAUUGCUGUCUGUUUCUCCGGGGCAUCUGCAACUUCGAUGCGCCCCAUGGCAACUAUCUCCACGCGAACCCUUUGCCUGCUGGAGCAAUCCGUUGCGGAUAUGGACGGAGAUGUCAACAUGUGCACUGGCAGAGCAUCGAGCGGGUUGCAGACUUGCAGGCAAAGGUCCCGGAAGUGGAGGCAACGGCAGAUGCGACGGAGAGCAAAGCAGCGCCUCCAGACGCGGUUAGCGACUCCGAAAGCAGCUCUUCCGAGUCUGGCACGCAGCAAGGCUCACUGGAGCUUUGUGUUAGCGACAUUGGUUGGAGUCACGACUCCAUCAAAGUUCGCUUCCGGAACGGGGUGCUGCUGGUGCAGACUUUGAAGGAGUUGGUGGAUGGGAGGCUGCUUCCUUCCCAGCUGCCAAGCUUCUCUGUGUGGUCAGCGGGCAGCAAGUGGUACGCAAUCUCAGGGAAUCGGCGCCUUUGGGUCCUCCGGGAGCUCUCCUCGAUUACCGGUAAAGCGGUGAAGGUGAGGGUCCGGCAGCUACCGGCUGAGGCACACAUGUCCACCUGGUUCCGGCGGAAGUUCACCACGAGCUGCAAGGGCAUAGCCGUGGAGUACAGGGCCAACCGUGGACUCCAUCCCAGUAUGAAGAUGGCCUUGUCUUCGCUGAAGGGUGCCGGCACGACCCUCACAGCCCACGAGACGCUCCUUGCCCAGGAGCUUCUUCGCUCCGGUGGUCGUCUGCCUUUGGUGGAACUGGAGAGCAGGUUUGGGGGCCAGUUCUCGGUGCCAGAGCUUCUGACCUCGAAGCCCGAGAUCUUCGCCCGAUCUCCCUCGGAGAAGUCCCUGAUCUUCACGCCUGUGAUCCCCUACCUGGAGGCGGCGGCAAGCCGGUGGAGGAAGGUCGACGGCGAGGCUCCGGUUCAGAGCCCAAGUGGGAAGGCCACGGCCCUGACCUACAAGGCUCCUCCCGCUGCGAAGUGUCAGCUGGCGGCGAUCCCCCCGACCACUCCGGCUCAGGCUCAGGGUGUGAAGGCUUCUCCACCCCCGCCGCCUGUGCGGGCGGAGCGACCAGGCGGCGUGCAAGCGCAAGCAGCGCCAGAGCCCGUGCCCAAGCCGCCACCAGCCCAGUGGCUCGCCCCACCUUCAGGCCCAGGCCUAGCACUUUUACCUCCGCGCCCUCCGGCAGAGGCAAAGCCAAAGCCAAAGCCGCCCCCACCCCCGUGUGCAAGUGACGAUGAAGAUGGCGAUGAUGCAGCUUCAGUGACACCGCCAGCGACUCCAACAGCCGAUGCAGGGAAGCAGGAGGAAGGCACCCCGAUGCCUGCCGACCGAUUCCCAAGCGACGGUUUUGCGGCCGCGGCCCGCAGCGAAAAGACGGCGCCCAGCCCCACUGACAUGGCGGUGGGUUGGGUGCUAUCCCGGGCCGGAGGAGCCCUGCCGCGUCUCGAACUGAAGAGGCGGUGUAACAAGGUCUCCACACUGAAGCUCAAGUACCUGAAGGACAAGCGGCACCUUUUCACAGCGGAGGAGGGCGAGGAUGGGAUGAUCACCUUUACACCAGCGCCGAAGGCCGCAGAGUCGAGCCAGGAUUCGUCUUCUGCUUCACCUGCGCCAGCCUUGCCUGCAAGUGCACGCCGAACUGUGAGCAGAGGGCAGGAGAACCAAGGAAGGGCCAGCGAGCAGGCUGCAGGGGCGCCCUCGCAGCCUCCAAGAUCAGUGGCACAUCCGCCACCCCAGCAACGACCACGAAGCCAGCCGCCGCAGAUUCCGGCACCACUCCCUGCAAACUCAGCCUACUCUCUUCAGCGCUGCGUCUGCAACCUUGAAGGCUUACUCUCCAAGAUGCCGCCAAAGAUCUUCGAAGCCAUGGGCUUGAAUAGCUACGUGCGACUCCUUCACAGGUUCAAGGCCCAGCGGCUGGUGCUGAGGAGCGGCAAGCCCUUGCAAGUGGCCUUGGCCUCAAGCUGGGUUCCCCCUUCCGAGCUUCCGGAAGUCCCUCUGUCACAGCACGACCUCCUGGCCGUGGUGGAGCAGCUCGGGCUGAAAACUGCAGGCUCCGGCCUUCAACCCAUCCCUGGCUCCUCACACCGUGCCAGCCUCUGUUACCACGGCACGAGCCUUGAUACGCUGGUCUUGCACGUGACGCGGCUCCUGCCAGGUGUCAGUGAACCGAUCCAUCAUCUUGCCCUGGGCUCCUUGCUGCUGCUGGGCCCUGCGAGCUGUGGCAAGACCACGGUGCUCCGGGACCUCAUCUCCACCUUGUCAUUAAGAUACCAGGUGGUGGUCGUAGAUCCGCUGGCGGAGCUUAGCUCCUACGGCUUCCGCUACGCCCGGGCUCUCUUGCCAUCAGAGGAGUGCGACAACAUGGCCUCCUUCCUGCAGAGGGUGAUCUCUGAGCACAGUCCCGAGGUUGUCGUGGCCGAGUUCAUUGACGGAGAUGCUGCCCUCAAGUGUGCGCAGCUGUGUUACGAUGCUGGAGUCCGGCUGGUCUGCUCCCUUCGGCAGUCCUUUCCUGGCCUACUGGAAGCCUUCCUCCGCUGCCAGACGGGAUUGUUUGGAUGCUGCGCUUUUCCUUUUGCUACAGUGGUCGCCCUCCGCCGGGAGCUGGACAUGUGGCAAGUCUACAGCCCUGCCGGCGCUGUCGUCUGCGCCAUGAGUGCGGGCCGGCGAGCGCGCUGUCCGAAGCACCACUUCCCGAACUCCCCGGCACUGCAUCCAUGCAGUGUGGUGCGCUUGAAAGAUCUGACCGUUGCGGGGGCGUCGCAACCGACAUCUUCCACCACUGGCCCUGCCAUGCAAGCGGGCACAGGUCGCCGGAUCGAGGCUGUGUGA